CAAACAUUUUUGACCUGUAAAAUGCUUUUCUUUCCUUAAUCCACCGGAACGGAAAGCAGAUUCCCAUGUUUAGCGCCGGAACUUCCUUCCUCGCGAGCUGCAACUGCUCUGAACUAAUUUCAAAUUCCAAAGUUGGGCCACCCUUCUCUUCCCUAUCCGUUCACUCGCUGAGGCGAUGCUAUCGGUUCCCGACUGGAAUCGGGAUUAGAAUCAAUGGCCGUCUCUAUGGAGAGCCAAGUGGAAGAUCUCAGUCUGCUAAUAAGGAGUGCCAUGUCGGCAGGAGCUCCAUCCAGGCCAUUUCAUCUGUCGCUGAAUCCGGCGACUCUAAGGCUACUAGGCUUCGUAAUCUCCUAGAGUCGCCAGGGAUUCAUCUGGGCCCCGCCUGCUUCAAUGCUCUCAGCGCUAAGCUCGUUGAGAGAGCCGGCUUUGAUUUCGGCUUCACCACUGGUUUUGGAAUAUCUGCUGCUCAGUUGGGCUUGCCAGAUACGGGGCUAAUAACUUAUGGGGAGAUGGUGUCUGCGGGACAAGAAAUCGCACAUGCUGUUUCCAUACCCUUAAUUGGAGAUGCGGACAAUGGGUAUGGUAAUGCCAUGAAUGUCAAGAGAACUGUCAAAGGGUAUAUUCGCUCAGGUUAUGCAGGAAUACUUCUUGAGGAUCAGGUCUCUCCUAAAGCUUGUGGUCAUACACGCGGCGUGAAAGUUGUGUCCAGAGAGGAAGCAGUCAUGAGGAUCCAAGCUGCCGUUGAUGCCAGGACAGAGUGUGGAGCUGACAUUGUGAUUGUAGCACGUAGUGAUUCACGCCAAGCAAUUUCCUUCGAAGAAUCACUUUGGAGAUCACGUGCUUUUGCUGAUGCUGGGGCUGACGUUCUGUUCAUUGAUGCCCUUGCAUCUAAAGAAGAGAUGAGAUCUUUCUGUGAAGUUUCCCCAUUGGUUCCAAAGAUGGCUAACAUGCUUGAAGGUGGAGGAAAAACACCAAUACUCACUCCGGUUGAACUUGAGGAUAUUGGUUUCAAAAUAGUAGCAUAUCCUCUUUCCUUAUUAGCGGUGUCCAUUGGUGCUAUGCAGCAGUUAGUCCAUGCCAUUUUGGAUGCGAUUUUCACUAUGGGUCAUCCAGAAACAGUCUCUCUGUGCUUUAGUACAUGGGGUGCAUUGGCAGCUAUUAGGAGUGGUCGUUUGCCUUCACCCGGAAGCAUGCCAUCAUUUGAAGAAAUAAAAGACAUACUCGGUUUUAACGUGUACUAUGAAGAAGAGAAACAUUAUGCAUUUAGCACCAGCCAUCUCUCUUCCCAGAGAGAAGUGAUAAGUCAGAGACUGCAAGAUGAGGUGGUUGAAGUAUUAACUCCUGAGGUAUCUCAUUCCUAUAAUAAUGGAGAUAGUACAAGAGGAUCUUUCUCGAGGAUGUGGUCUCGAAAGUUGAGGGUUAAAAUUUCAGGAAGAGAUGGGUUUGACAAACUGGAUAUAAGAAUUCCUGCUGGAUUUUUGGAAGGAAUCACAAACAUAGUGCCAGCACUGGUGGGGGUGAACCUGAAAGAGCUUUUGGACAAUACAAGCUUUGAUGAUGGAGGGAAGCAGUUGCUAGAUUUCAAGGAUACCAUGGGAGACAGGAUUCAAGUUUUCUUGGAGUAAAUGAACCGUGUAAGUAUGGGUUGAGGCCCCAUCUCCCCACUCCACCUGAGUUCAGACCUCAAGCCCAACAAAAUGAAGAAACAUCACUGAAGAAUACAAGGCACUGAAAAAUCUAUUCUAACUAUAGAGAUAUUGAUAUUUGAAAUGACGGCUAAUACCUGAAAUGGAUCUUGACUAUUGUGAGUUUGUGACAAUACCCAGUUAAGUUCCAAACUUUUUUAUUAGUUAGAUUUGUUCAUGAACUUUGAUCUAUUUACCUAGCUUAGUCUUCUCUUAAUUUACUGGAAGCCAUAUGGAUAGUAAG